UUGUAUCUUCUCUCUUUUCAGAAAAUUCUAAAAAUGUCCAACCUACUUAAUGUUGUUUUCCUCCUGCUUGCACUGGUAACGUUUUCAGCCGCUAAUGAUUGCGGGGAAAAAUUUCGUGGAAAAUGCAGUUGCGGUACGCAAAUGUACAACUACCAGACGCGCUACGUUGUCAAUUGCACCAAUGAAGGCUUUCGAGAUACGGCCGUACUGGAGUAUCUGCCGAAGCAGACAGAGGUUGUUAUCUUUUCCGGAAACUACAUCGAAGAGCUGCCUUGGAACGUUUUCGGUGCCAUCAAUGAUCUCGCGAAUCUUACCAUCGUCGAUAUGAGCAACAAUCACAUACGUGAGAUCCGUGGAAAAACGUAUCAUCACGUACCGAACGUUAAACGGUUAAUUCUAAACCAUAACAAUUUGAGCAUUUCCCGGUACGACGAUGACGAGUAUAAUCACCACCAUCCGAGAGUGUUUUCGAACUUUAUCAAUCUAAUGGAACUGCAUUUGACGAAUGCUUUUUCCGAUAACACAUCAGCGGAGCUUUCGGCGGAUCUGCAUGAUAUCUUCGUUAGCAGUAACCUAACCAAAUUAGUGAAACUCCAUCUCGAACAGAAUGAGAUAUCCAGAUUCAACGAUAAACGCGUGUUUUGUGAUUUGCCAGCAUUGUUGGAUCUGCAUCUUGGAGACAACCUGCUUACAGCGAUCAAUUUCAACAUCACCUGUUUGAGUAGACUUCGUUUCCUAGAUCUAGAACGUAACAAAUUCGAAGAUCUGCGACCACAUGAUUUGAAUAUGUUGGAUUCACUUCAAACACUUCCCGACCGAUCAGUCAAUCUGAUGGUCGACUUCACAUUCAACCCGUUCAACUGUAACUGCACUUUAAACCCACUGUACGAGUGGAUGCGCAAAACGAACGUGACCGUACGGAAUCGUGAAAAUCUCAUGUGUUUCCGUAACAAGAAGCAUCAGGAACCUAUUCUGUCGCUUAAUAUGAAAAAAUGCCAGAAGGCACGAUCGGGAAAGCGGGAUCACACCGUCACACUGGUGUUUGUAUUGAUCUGUCUCAGUUGUAUUCUAGCAGGGCUCGUUGGUUCAUUGAUCUACAUGAGCAAAGACAAACUGAAGACUCUGCUCAGUCCGAUGGUGGAUCACGUUUCCAAGAAAGUGCAGUAUACGACUAUCAAGGAUGAGGAAGCUCCCGAACAGUAUGUAUGAUGCAGCGUAACGAUCAGGCAGGGAAGGUGUGCGCCGCGUGUGGAGUGUGUGUAAGCAGCGCAUGAACAGAAAGACAGUGAUCGAGGUGGAACCACGAAAAAGGAUCUAAUCAUAUCUAAGUGUAGCUAAGCUUAAGCCAAGUAAUGUAAAUAAAAGAAAGAGAAUUUUAACUUUACACUAUUUAAGCGAAUUCAAAUGAGCUACUAAUGCAACUAACGCUAAAAGCAGGAUUAAUUAAUUCAAAAGACAUCGUUACUUAAAAUGACCUUAGGUUCCCUAGAAUAGGAUAAAUGUUUUAUCUUAAUUUUUUGUUAAGAGUAGUGUCUAGCAAUACGAUAGUAAUAUUUCCAAAAUAGUAGAUAAAUUAAGGAGACGAAUGGAUUGAUUAACCGAAUAAAUUUUUCAGGUUCUUUAAUGCGCGCUAACAUAAUUGUUUGAA